AUACACAUACUUAUGCUGACAACGUAACAGUCCCCUCCCUACUCGGCUACUCCCUCCAUUUUCUUUUUGUCUUUAGCUUUUGGCCUAAGACAGUUGCCUCAGUAGCCACCGCCCACCGCCUCCUGCCUCCAGGCCUUGCAGUUGCAGCUCUCCCCUGCCCGCUAACAACUUUAUAUCCGAGUGACGGGUGCAUAAUUCUCUGCAAAUGCAAUAUUACGUGAUCUUGUUGCCAUUUUUGUGAUCGGUUUCAAGUUCUGUAGUGAGGAAUGAAUGUUGGUUUGUUUGAGGCAAAUUUUGUUUUGUAAUUGCAGGCUAAAUUAAUACUCAAAGUUAACUUGUAGUGUAGAUUCUAUUAUGGCUAAUUGGAGUCUUGAUGAGCAAUGCUCUGUAUUAUAUACCUUAGGUUUUAUGCACACCAUUUGUUCGAUGAAUGGCGUGUGAGAAAAAUUGAUACAGCAGAGUGAAAAAAGUAAUGGCAAACAGCAAAUACGAGUACGUGAAAUCAUUUGAGGUUGAAGAUGAGAUUAUGUUCCCUAACCUCAUUGUUGUUCAAAUUGAUGGCCGCCACUUUAGAAGAUUCUCUGAGGUCCAUGAAUUUGAGAGGCCAAACGACGAGAAAGCCUUGAAUUUGAUGAACGCAUGUGCAACUUUUAUUCUAGAAGAGUAUCCUGACAUUGUCUUCUCCUAUGGCUUCAGCGACAAAUAUAGUUUUGUUUUCAAGAAGACAACAAGGUUCUACCAAAGGCGAGCAAGCAAAAUUAGUGUCCUGGUAUUGUCAUUUCUUUCCUUCCACUUGCACCAAAUGGAGAAGAGUCUUCCUGCAAAAAGGAUGAAAUACCCCUCAUCCAUGGGUCGGGUUUAAGUGCUUUGCUGCCAUGUUAAUAACCAGCAUAAUACUUGUUUUUGGAAGCUGGUUGAAAGUGGGAAGACUGAAAUGGAAGCACAAGCAAUUUUAAAGGGCACUCAAAAGCAAGAGAAAAAUGAACUACUCUUUCAACAGUUUGGUGUUAACUAUAAAAAACUACCUGAGAUGUUCCGUCAAGGAUCUUGUGUUUUCAUGACACAGGAGGAAGAUAUUGCAAAAUAUAGUGAGGAUGGUACCCCUGUAAAAAGAUUUCGGAGAAAGGGAAAAAUAGUCCAUUCAGAGAACAUUGCUGGGAGAAACUUUUGGAAUGGGCACCAAAGUCUUGUCAAUGCUCUGGGUGGUUUUGCAGUAGACCUUGGCAAAAUUAGCCCUGAUUAUAUUAGGUCUUUCCUAUUUGAAAGCAAAUUGAUGCCAUCUACUUGGAUUGUGAUUAGAAUUGAUGGAUGCCACUUUCACAGAUUCUGUGAAGUUCAUGAAUUUGAGAAGCCCAAUGAUGAGCGAGCUCUGAAUCUUAUGAAUUCUUGUGCAGUAGCUGUUUUGCAAGAGUUUCAAGAUGUUAUUUUUUCUUAUGGUGUCAGUGAUGAGUACAGCUUUGUUUUGAAGAAAGAUUCUAAAUUUUGUCAGAGGCAAGCUAGUAACAUUGUUUCUGUCAUCGUUUCAUUCUUCUCCUCAACAUAUGUCAUGAAUUGGAAAUCUUUCUUCCAACAGAAAGAACUGAAGUAUCCACCCUCUUUUGAUGGAAGGGCUAUAUGCUAUCCAUCAACUGAGAUUCUUCGAGAUUAUCUGUCUUGGAGACAAGUUGAUUGUCACAUCAACAAUCAAUACAAUACUUGUUUUUGGGCACUCGUUAAAUCUGGGAAAAGCAAAAGUGAGGCUCAACAUAUUUUAAAGGGUACUCAAACCCGAGAGAAAAAUGAGAUACUUGCUCAAUUUGGUAUUGACUACAACUCAUCAUCAGUCAUUUUCCGCCAAGGUUCCUCUGUUUUCAGGGAGGAGGGUAUUUUGAUACAAGAGGAUGGAGAAUCUACUGAAAAACUUGGGAAUAAGGUAACAGUAGAACAUUGCAACAUAAUUGAGCAGAGUUUUUGGAAAGCACACCCUACCAUCCUCGCUUGA